CCUUUCCUCUCCUCCUCCUCCCCCUUCCCAAGCUUCCUUGCAAUCUCAGCAAGCACCAACAUCGCAGCAAUCAAGCUCCUCCUUCCCCCGCCCCCAUUCUCCGGGGCCCCGCCGCUUCUUGCUGGGCCGCCUCGCCCGACGAGGUGAGUUCUCUUGGCGCGUUGUGGGGUGGCCCGGGUGGCCGGGCGGCGGCGCGAUGAACAACCACCACUCGGCCGGCAGCACGAGCAACGGCGGAUCCGCGGACGGGGAUGGCGGCGGCGCGGCCUCGGCCAGGAGGAACACCAGGAUGCCCAAGUAUUCAAAGUUCACGCAGCAGGAGCUGCCGGCAUGUAAGCCGAUCCUCACUCCAAAAUGGGUUGUCUCGGUGUUUUUCCUUGUCGGUGUUGUUUUUGUACCCGUUGGCGUUGUUUCGCUGUUAGCGGCACGGGAUGUUGUUGAAAUAGUUGAUCGGUAUGAUGAUGCAUGCAUACCAGAUAACAUGACUGAUAACAAGCUUGCUUACAUCCAGAACUCGAGCAUAUCCAAAACGUGCACAAGGACUCUGACGGUUACAGAUGAUAUGAAGCAGCCAAUUUUUGUAUACUAUCAACUUGAUAAUUUCUACCAGAAUCAUAGGAGAUAUGUUAAGAGCCGGAAUGAUGGACAGCUAAGGGACUCUGCUAAGGCAAACCAGACAACGGCUUGUGAACCUGAGAAAGCCACGGCAGAUGGAAAACCAAUUGUUCCUUGUGGGCUGAUUGCUUGGAGCUUGUUCAAUGAUACAUAUAGCUUCACUCGUGGCAAUGAGAACUUGACAGUAGACAAGAAGGACAUCUCUUGGAAGAGUGAUAGGGAGCACAAGUUUGGCAAAAAUGUCUAUCCAAGCAACUUCCAGAAUGGUUCACUCAGGGGUGGAGGAGUGCUGGACCCAACAAUCCCAUUGAGUGAGCAAGAGGACCUUAUUGUUUGGAUGCGGACUGCGGCACUUCCUACAUUCAGAAAGUUGUAUGGGAGAAUAUAUGUUGACCUCAAGAAGAAUGAUAACAUAACUGUGACACUGAGUAACAACUACAAUACAUAUAACUUCGGUGGCAAGAAAAAAUUGGUCCUUUCUACUGCAACCUGGCUUGGAGGGAAGAACGAUUUUCUUGGCUUUGCAUAUCUUAUAGUUGGAGGGGUCUGCAUUUUCUUGGCAUUUGCUUUCACCUUGCUAUACGUCAUAAAACCAAGGAAAUUGGGUGAUCACAACUACUUGUCCUGGAACAGACACCCUUCAGGCCGUUAAGACGUUUUCGAACCCUAUUGUGUAAAAUGGCUUACCUGGCGACAUGUAUCAUGUACUUAAUGAUAUAGUGAGAUUGUCUGGUAGUGUAAGCACGUCUUUGGUUUGACCUAGACCAUGUACAUCUUAGCAUAAGAACCACGCUAUUUUGUUUCAUUGUUUCUUCUGCUAUCUCGGGACUGCAUAUAGCAGCGAUGAAUGGAAGUGUUAUUGAAUCGUUUCAUGAUAUGAGAUUCUGAAUGGCCAAACGGUUCAGUUGUUCGCC